UUGCCCCGGCGUGUUGAUGCUCCCAGGAGCAAUGACAUCACCCAGCCUCCUCGACGCGAAGGGACAAAGGCGGGAGGCGGCGGCUGCAGAGAGCGCCAGGGAGCCCCAGCCCCGCCGCUCCGUCCCCUGCGGGCCCGCGGCGAAGCUGAGCAGCCCUUGCCCUGGCGAGCGGCGGGGGGACAGGGAGCCGCAGGCAACGCGCAGCAUGCACUGGGCUGUUGGCUUUGCCUCCUCCAGGGCCUGUGUGGUUGCGCUGAGCCGGAAUCAGAGCCUCGCCCUCGGCUGGUGCGCGGGACCCGAAGAGCCCUUCUCCUUUGAUGGGGACGUCAUCGCUUCCCCUUUGCCGGAUUACGGUGGGAUCAUGGCAGGGCUGGGUUCGGAUUCGUGGUGGAAGAAGACCCUGUAUUUGACUGGGGGAGCCCUGCUCGCUGCCGCGGCGUAUCUGCUCCAUGAACUCCUGGCGAUUAGGAAAGAGCAAGAGAUUGAUUCCAAAGAUGCUAUUAUACUGCAUCAAUUUUCAAGGCCUAACAAUGGUGUUCCCAGUUUAUCUCCUUUUUGUUUGAAAAUGGAAACUUAUUUAAGGAUGGCUGAUUUACCCUACCAGAACUAUUUUGAUGGAAAACUUUCCCCUCAAGGGAAAAUGCCCUGGAUUGAAUACAAUCGCAAAAAAGUAUCUGGCACUGAGUUCAUUAUUGACUUUUUGGAAGAGAAACUCGGAGUGAAUUUAAAUAAAAACCUUGGUCCACAUGAAAGAGCUGUUUCCAGAGCAGUGACAAAAAUGGUGGAGGAGCACUUCUAUUGGACAUUAGCUUAUUGCCAGUGGGUGGACAAUCUCCACGAGACCCAGAAGAUGCUUUCAUGCAGUGGCCCCUUUAGUGACCUGCUGAAGUGGAUUCUGUGCCACCUAACAAAAGGAAUCGUGAAACGAGAAAUGUAUGGCCAUGGCAUCGGCCGCUUCUCGGAGGAAGAGAUAUACAAGCUGAUGGAGAAAGACAUGCGGUCACUAGCAGGCCUCUUGGGUGACAAGAAGUACAUCAUGGGACCAAAGCUUUCCACUCUCGAUGCCACUGUCUUUGGGCACCUGGCUCAAGCAAUGUGGACAUUACCAGGGACUAGACCUGAGAGACUAAUUAAAGGUGAACUGAUUAACCUUGCUAUGUACUGUGAAAGAAUAAGGAGGAAAUUCUGGCCAGAGUGGCACCAGGACGACGAUAACACCUUGUACGAAUCUGAGGAAAGUAGUGAAGCUAGCAAGACUCACACCCCAUUGCAGGACUUCAGCUUUUAUUCAAGGACAGAAACAUUUGAUGAGGAGGGGACAGAGAACAGUAUUUCCCAAACCCCUGACACAGAUUAUACUGGACACUCGCUCUUUGAUUCUGAUGUGGACAUGGAUGACUAUACAGAUCACGCACAAUGCAAGUGAUGUAUCCAAGCACCUCUCCAUUUGUGUCAGAAAUGCCACUUCUUGGGACCAGUCCAACUUUCCCAUGUUCAUGCCAGUGUGGAAGAGAUCAUUGUGCUUGACACAUUUCACAUGCUACCUGGACUAUUUCAGCCUUAUUUCAUUUUGUAAAUCCAUUCAGAUGGAGCCUACGUUAAACAAUUAGAACAAGGCAAACAAGAGAUCCAGAGGAUAGGAGGAUUUUAGGCCUACAUAUUGCUCCCACUGAAAACAGAUUCCAAAAUCAUGCAAGCAAACCUACCACAGGUGGAGCAGAGAGGUCAUGAGAGCUGCUGUGUGUUGAGUUUCUCAUCUUCACAGCAAGGGGUUGACAGAAAGGGAAAAGUGUUUAUUGGAAUUCCCCUCUCCCUUCCUGGUAAGCAGUGACUGCACUGUAUUAAUGCAACAGGAUGCCAGGGCAACUUUACUCAACAGCUUCUUGCACUCUGGGUGUGUACGUUACGUGUGAGUGUGUAUAGGAGAGGAGCAGGGGUUUGGUCUCCAGUGCACAGACUGUCAAUCAAUAAAGGCAAGAAGAAAAUGUGCUCAUGCAAAAAGCAACAUUUUAUAAUUCCUAUUCUGUACAAUAGCUUGAAAUCUUUCAGUUUUAUAACUUUUUUAGUUGAAAGGGAGACUUCAGAGUAUUUUAAAUUAUUACCUAAUAAUCCCUCAGAAGAUUGUUUAGGAGUUUUGGCUAAACCCCAUCUCAGGUAUAUAUAUACUCCUGCCCAUCCAAAUUCCCCUUGCAGUUUCGAUUAUGUCAAGUGUUCUUUCCAUUUCCCACUGAAAACUGUUGUGUGGUAUUGUUAGAUACUGUUAAGUUAAACACUUAGAGUGCACCACCCCAGAGUCAACUACAUUGCAGUGCUGGACACUUCAGUCUCUCUAGUUUUUGUGUAUCAGUUGGCAAAGUUUGCGAAGCACUUUGGAGUGCUGCCGAGUAUAAGGUACUAUGUAAAUUCAAGAUACCAGAUCCUCAGAAGUGCCAGAGCAGAACUCAACAUGCCUUAGGGGGAAGGCUAGGUAGGUCAACUAUAUUGGGUCUAGGGCUCCUGACACACUCCCUAUAACCAGGUGGGUGGGAGUGUGUAGAAGGGAACUUGCUGGCUAUGCCAGUUCUGUAGCCUGUGUGGAUUUCCCCAUGCCAGACUGGAUGCUGACACUGAUUGACUGAUUUCAAGCAGAGAAAAAGCAUAUGAGGAAUUAAAGUAUGUCAAGGUGUUUGUAAAUAUAUUUAAGAAAAAUCAGAUUUUGGGUCCACUAACCUUGACGGUGUCCUUUAAAAUGUUUUAAGCAUGACUUUCAUGGUUUAGGAAAAAAGUUGUUACAUGAACAAGACCGCUUUGCAACAUUAUUAGUCAUGCAGCUGAUAAAUAACUUGUUCCUGUAUCUUGUAUUCUGGGAAGCUAAGGGUAAAAGGGGCAGUUGAGGACUCUUCUCAUGAUUGUUAUUGCUUCUCCUAAUACUGAGAAUUCAAAAUAAAUGGAGGAGUUUCCCAAAGCUUUAAAAGAAAUUCAUCUUUUGGGGAUCUUUUCACUAAUUGUGAAGACCCCUUCUAGCUCGGAGUCCUUUGAUUGUUCCGGGGAAUCACAGAGCCAGCUGUGGAUCUGGAAUAUGAGAGUCACAGUUCACAUGUGGAGAUCCACAACCAGCCGGGUGGUUGCUCCUUGAGUUUAGGUGGGAACAGCUAUUAUGAAGACAGCUGAUGGCUUGCGUAGUGUGGGAUGCAUAGUUUUGUGUUUGUUUCUUAAAAUAGGCAGACAUUCCUUUGAAGUCAUGAGUCUGUCAAACAUUUCCAAUCUCAUGGAUGAGUACUAUUCAUGAAGUGAAUUGGAGCUAUAGUUGACUUGCAGAUGAUGGAGAGGAAGGUGCAAUCCAAUCAUUUAUGAACUUUGUCAGCAAACUAAGCACAAAACACAGGACACAAAGGGUAAAGCCUUGGGACUAAAAGGACAGACAUGAUUGGUCAGAAAUGCCUUUGAAACCCCACAGAUCAUUCAACCCAGGUGUUACCUGAAGAAAUUCAGAUGUUGAAAUCUGACCAAAAGAAUCACAUUUGACAGGGGAAUUUUGUUCUUUAAAAACGUCAGAUGUGACCCUUGUUUAUAUCGGUUUUGUUUGUUUUGUUUAUAUAUUGAUUUAACUUUCAAAGCUCUUUAUUUGAAGUCGGUGGUUUUUUCAACUUUUUGAUGUCAGGAGCUUGAGUUUCAGGUCUGGAGUCCGCUGCUGAAAAUGGAUGUGUCACAGCAAUAAGCUACUGUAGCUAAAAGAUUAACCUGAGUUAUAAGGCACUUGCAUCUUCCCCAGUUGCAGAGGCUGACAAAUCUGCUUGUGACUGUGGUCCAUCAUAAAGGGAAAGGACCCAAUCUAACCAGAAUUCUAAAGGUUAACUUUCCCCCUCUAAAUUUAUGGGGUCUGAUUCUGAUCCCACAUUGCUGUAAACAGCAGUAACCACUGAGAUGAGUGAAGUUAGACUGAUGUAAAAGCAGUGAGAGAGCAGCAUUCUGUCCAUCAUGUUCGUAGGUAUCCAAAUUCUUUCUAAUUCCAGACCUCAAGCCUAUCUGAACAGAUUCUCCCUUAUAACUAUGAUAUAUUGUCUACCUUGAAACAGUACUAGACUCAUUUUCACUCAGAAUGGCAAAUAAAAACCUAGUUAGAGGAUAUGAUUAUUGGUGUCUUCCCAUCUCUGGGGAGAGUGAAAAAUAAAAGCACUCUGGAGCCUUUCGCUACAAAUGACUAGAUUGCUAACAAGGUUCCCUGCCCCUACUGUUGUGCAUUCUCAUGCAUUUUGAUGCUUCCAUACAUACACCUUGGAGAGAGGUGGCUAGAGCAAAAUCAUUAAAAAUCUGUGUCAUGUCUUGUGACAAACACUUGCUGGAGGUGGCUUUUAGAUAUUAGAAACCUCACACAACAGCAGGAAUGGGAGAGGGAAGGGGAUUGAAUUUAGAUGGCCUAUUCUGGGUAUCUCCAAUACUUAGAAUUCUGUAUUACAGAGACAGGCAAACAGCGUGGGGAGAAAACUCGUAUUCAUGUGAGUAAAACUUACUUAUGCAAGUUUUCCCAUUGAAGUCACAGACACAGUGCCCCCAGUUAGAACAGUGUAAACUUGGAACACCUCCCUGGAUUGAAACUGGUCUAAUAAUAUAGGGCAAUAUUUAGACCAAUGGUCUGCUGUAUCAAGAGGUUCAUGUGAAAUCAAUAGGACCACUUGAAUAAAAAUUGCUACUCUUAGAAUUGCAGAUUUAGUCCCUAAAGAAGGAGGAAGUGUACUUUAGAUAGAAGUAUCUCCCAUUGAAAUUUAAGUUGGAAAAAUAAGUUGUGCAACAGUCACUUUAUGAGCUAAGAUUUUUAUUUUUAUUCUGAAUAUCCACAAAUUUUCCAGUGAAGGUUUAACUUGAAACUAACAAGCGCAGUAACACAUUUUGUCUUAGGAAAGUAACAUUUAAAAAAAAUUUGUAAGGAUCCAAAGAGACUACAAAUGCAGCAGUCCUUGUCAGUAUCAGCUGCAAUUUUCUAGCUGCACUGAUUUGUCUAUAUAUUGAUCAGUUGUGUGAAUGGAUUUACAACACAUGCCAGGCCUUUUGUUUCUUAGGAGCAACUCAGGUUUUUAAAGGAGGAAGUUAGUAACAUUUUCCUCAUCAUGGGUACCGUGGAAAAGUGUGCAUUUUUGUGUUGCUUACAGUAUUGUUUUGAUUUAAAAUGUAGAAGAAAUUGCAGAAACAAUGUAUGUAUGUUAAAUAUACAUGUACGUUGUAUUUUCAAGGCAUAACAGGACAUUUUUACCCUAAUUUAACCUGUCCAGAAACAAAUAUUUCCUGCUGUUUUUCCUGCUAGAGCUGGUCAAAAAAUAUUUUGUUCACACUUUUUUUCAGUGGAAAAUGCUUUGGCUAAAACAAAUGCCUCUUCACAAUAAAUACAUAAAAAUAGUUUUGGUUCAAAUCUUUAGUUUUUUGACAAACAAAUUAGAAAUUAAACAUUGCAUUUUUACUUUCCUGCUUCUUUUUACAAUGGCAAAAAAGUGAGAGAAAAAGGCCCCCCACCCCCUGAAAUUUUUUUGGAAAUUUUUGAAUUUUUUUGUCAGAAAUGCAAAAUUUUCAUUUCCUUCAAAUUGUUUCAUGGAAAAUACCUACCUCUUUUGACCAGCUCUCUGAUGAAAUAUAUUGAGUUGAAAACUGUCAAAGGGGCAUUCCAUUCCUCCUCCCCUUCUGUGUUAUAUACAGUUAAUCUCCAUUCUGUCACCUGAUUUAUUAUCCUUGCCCUCACUAUUACCAGUGACUCUUGUUCUUUCGCUGAGGAAGCCUGGCUAAGAUUCUCUGUGGAGUCUCUCAGCAAAAAGACACAUGGAAUGAGUCUAAGGGCCUUCAAGUCACUCUGGAAACAGUCACUAUCUUGCAGGAUCAGACACUACAUGCACUGCCUGCAUAGCAGUCACAGUCCAUGCUGGCUCAGUGCAAGAGAUUGGCCCUGGGAAUCUCUAGGUCUGUAAUGUAGGAUACUGAAACUGGGGCAUCCAGGGUAUUCUUUACUAGAGGAGUAUAAUGGAUUAGAAUUUUGGAUUACUCAUUAAUGUAUCAGUAUCUGAAUUUGAUUGUGGCACAGAUUGUGCCCCCUCCCUCUCGGUCCAUAUAUGGAAGAAUCCUCCAUACGUCAAUCUCCCCUUUUCUUUACAGAAAGGAGGCUCACGUAGGUGCCUCUCUUGCUCCACCCAUCCCUUCCCUCGCUGCUGUAGAAGGAUCUUUAUGCUGCGUGGGCUCUGCACAGGAGGAGGGGGUGGAAUUGUGUGGCAUUUACUUCCCCAGCUCUUACCAUGAAAAAAAACCAUCUGAGCCUCUGAUCUCAUACUGUUUGAUGUGAGUUAACUCCAUUGACUUCUCUGGAGUCACUCCUGAUUUAUACCGUUUAAGUAAAAUCUGAAUCUGGCUCUUUAUUUUGUUAAAAGUCAGAGCAUUUCCCCCCACUCAAUUUUGUUUUUUAAUAAUAUUGCCGUCCAACUGUUAAUUAUUGUUUUAAGUUUGUUUUUAUAAAACCCUCUGGGGAUGAUGAAUACAUAUUCAUAGAUUCAUAGAUUCUAAGGUCAG